AUGAGCAAACCAGCCAAGUUUAUAGCCAUCCUUUACGAUAUUUUGGAAAAAGAAAGCUUUUAGACUACUAUUCGUUGGACAAAGGAUGGAAAAGGUUUUUAGAUUUUAAGAAUUCCGGAAUUUCAAAGCAAUAUUAUGGAAGAAUUUUUUAACACAUAGAAUUUUUAAUCAUUUUUAAGGCAGUUGAGUUUGUAUGGAUUUAAGAUGAAAAAAAAUGAAAAAAAUUAGAAAAUCUACAAUCACCCUCUCUUUUUCCAAGGCAACUAGUACGAAUUAUGGCUAUUUUAGUUAAGAACUUCACAAAAUUUAAAGAAGGAAAAAAGCAAAAGAAAAUGGAGAACAAUAUUUUGA